AUGGAGGAAGGGUGGCUGGGCACCGUGGCCCUCUGCUACUUGCUCGGCGGCAUGAUCAGCACAGCUGCUCCCAUGCUUGCUGUGAGCAUCGUGGCAGGGGUCAUCCCGGGGCAGAUGACCGCCGCGGGCAUGUACGCCGCUGUGGUCACCACGACCAACGCGAUCGCCACGGAGCUCGUCACCGCGUACGCUGCCAAGAAGGUGGCGGGGGCGAACGAGGACAAGUUCGGCCCCGUCAAGAAGGCUGCGGCAGCAGCGGUGGCCAACAUCCUCGGCUCGGCUGUGACCAUCAUGGCGGUCACCAGGUCGCCAUCACCGGCAUCGUCGUCGUCCUCUUCAUCCCCCUGGGCUACACCGCUGCGAAGCUCAAUGGACGGGCUGCGGCUGCUGGAGCUCUCCGCGUGCUGUGCGUCGGCAUGA